AUGACCUUUGAAGCUGUCUCGCAUUCGAUUCUUCCCAUUAUUCUUAAGUCGCCAGAAGCCGUCAUUGCUAAAAUAGCUCGUUUCGAAUGGGAGAUUCCUCGUAUCGAACGCGAAACAAGAGCCUACCAGCUGCUUGAGGGCUCAGGGCUGGCACCACGCUUCCUCGGCCAUGUUCACGAGAAUGGACGCAUCAUGGGGUUUCUAUUAGAGAAGGUGAAAGGACGCCCUGCUUCCAUGCAGGAUCUGGGUAUCUGCGAAACAGCCUUGGGGAAGCUCCACGGAUUAGGAUUCUUACACGGGGACGCAAACCGAUAUAAUUUUCUUCCCACGGAAGAGGGGGUCAAACUCCUUGACUUUGAACGUCUUCAGGAAAGUGCUAGCCCGGAAUCAAUGCGCAAGGAGGUAGAAAGUGUACGUGUGGAACUGACUGAGGAGUCAGGACCUGGCGGGGCUUUAUCUUCCCGGGUGGUACCAAUUGAACCAUGA